AUGGAAGAACUUUGUUACAGCUUCGAGCAGGAAGACACCGCUCCUGACUUUCUCCUCUGGGACGAGGCAGGUCCCAGCGAUCAGCUGGACAACCUCUUACUUGACUGCUCCUCCUUAACAGACCCCUUCAGCCCUUGGCCCGACCAGGGGCAGGAGGCGGGCAGCGCAGCGGGGCGGGCUCUGGGUGCUGAACUGGACAGCUCCGCACAGCCGCGGCCCCCCCGCCACCUCCGUCAGCGCCACGCCGCCAACGUCCGCGAGAGGAAGAGGAUGAUCAACAUCAACUCGGCCUUCGACCAGCUCAGGAGACACGUACCGACCUUCCCGUAUGAGAAGCGCCUCUCCAAAAUCGAUACGCUGCGGCUGGCCAUCGCCUACAUCGCCCUCCUUGGCGAGAUCCUCCUCUCCGGAUGCGAUCCCAAAUCCUACGUGGAGCAGUGCCUGAAGAAUGGUUUGCAAAGCCAACAGCAGGCAACCUGGAAUACAAGCGAUCUGACAGCCCGCCUGUCCUGGGUAAAAUGGGAUUAAGUAGUAAUAGAAAGAAAGAUCUUUCAAGGCAGCAUAUUGCCAAACCUGC